AUGCUACUGUGGUUCCACACCAGUCAUCCUGAAUGGAGCAUACAGCUUCUUAACACAACUAACACCACGUACGCGUCGCUAGCAAAUGUGACAUGUGAUGUUGGAUAUGAAUCAAACGUUAGCCAGAUUAUGUGCCAGGCAAAUGCGACGUGGGCAACAGCCCCAAAUGCCCUAAUGACUGUGGUGCCAUCCCCGGCCGUUUUAAAUGGGAGAUACACGCCUCUAAUACACCAACACACGUACGGAUCGCUUGCAAAUGUGACAUGUGAUGCUGGAUAUGAAUCGAACGUUAGCCAGGUUAUGUGCCAGGCAUGCAACGUGGGGACAUGCAAACUGUAUUUCAAAAGACUGUGGUUCCACACCAGUCAUCCUGAAUGGAGCGUACAUAUUCUAAAACAUCUAACACCACACUGUGGUGCCGUUCCCGCCGUUUUAAAUGGGAGAUACACGUUUCUAAAUACAACAAACACCACGUACGGAUCGCUUGCAAAUGUGACAUGUGAUGCUGGAUAUGAAUCGAACGUUAGCCAGGUUAUGUGCCAGGCAAAUGCAACGUGGGGACAUGCAAACUGUAUUUCAAAAGACUGUGGUUCCACACCAGUCAUCCUGAAUGGAGCAUACAAGCUUCUAAGCACAUCUAACACCACGUACGCGUCGCUAGCAAAUGUGACAUGUGAUGUUGGAUAUGAAUCAAACGUUAGCCAGAUUAUGUGCCAGGCAAAUGCGACGUGGGCAACAGCCAAAUGCAUUCCUAAUGACUGUGGUGCCGUUCCCGCCGUUUUAAAUGGGAGAUACACGCUUCUUAAUACAACAAACACCACGUACGGAUCGCUUGCAAAUGUGACAUGUGAUGCUGGAUAUGAAUCGAACGUUAGCCAGGUUAUGUGCCAGGCAAAUGCAACGUGGGGACAUGCAAACUGUAUUCCAAAAGACUGUGGUUCCACACCAGUCAUCCUGAAUGGAGCAUACAAGCUUCUAAACACAACUAACACCACGUACGCAUCGCUAGCAAAUGUGACAUGUGAUGUUGGAUAUGAAUCAAACGUUAGCCAGAUUAUGUGCCAGGCAAAUGCGACGUGGGCAACAGCCAAAUGCAUUCCUAAUGACUGUGGUGCCAUUCCCGCCGUUUUAAAUGGGAGAUACACGCUUCUAAAUACAACAAACACCACGUACGGAUCGCUUGCAAAUGUGACAUGUGAUGCUGGAUAUGAAUCGAACGUAAGCCAGGUUAUUUGCCAGGCAAAUGCAACGUGGGGACAUGCAAACUGUAUUCCAAAAGACUGUGGUUCCACACCAGUCAUCCUGAAUGGAGCAUACAAGCUUCUAAACACAACUAACACCACGUACGCGUCGCUAGCAAAUGUGACAUGUGAUGUUGGAUAUGAAUCAAACGUUAGCCAGAUUAUGUGCCAGGCAAAUGCGACGUGGGCAACAGCCAAAUGCAUUCCUAAUGACUGUGGUGCCAUUCCGGCCGUUUUAAAUGGGAGAUACACGCUUCUUAAUACAACAAACAUUACGUACGGAUCGCUUGCAAAUGUGACAUGUGAUGCUGGAUAUGAAUCGAACGUUAGCCAGGUUAUGUGCCAGGCAAAUGCAACGUGGGGACAUGCAAACUGUAUUCCAAAAGACUGUGGUUCCACACCAGUCAUCCUGAAUGGAGCGUACAAGCUUCUAAACACAUCUAACACCACGUACGCGUCUCUAGCAAAUGUGACAUGUGAUGUUGGAUAUGAAUCAAACGUUAGCCAGAUUAUGUGCCAGGCAAAUGCGACGUGGGCAACAGCCAAAUGCAUUCCUAAUGACUGUGGUGCCAUUCCGGCCGUUUUAAAUGGGAGAUACACGCUUCUAAAUACAACAAACACCACGUACGGAUCGCUUGCAAAUGUGACAUGUGAUGCUGGAUAUGAAUCGAACGUUAGCCAGGUUAUGUGCCAGGCAAAUGCAACGUGGGGACAUGCAAACUGUAUUCCAAAAGACUGUGGUUCCACACCAGUCAUCUUGAAUGGAGCAUACAAGCUUCUAAACACAACUAACACCAAGUACGCGUCGCUAGCAAAUGUGACAUGUGAUGUUGGAUAUGAAUCAAACGUUAGCCAGAUUAUGUGCCAGGCAAAUGCGACGUGGGCAACAGCCAAAUGCAUUCCUAAUGACUGUGGUGCCGUUCCCGCCGUUUUAAAUGGGAGAUACACGCUUCUAAAUACAACAAACACCACAUACGGAUCGCUUGCAAAUGUGACAUGUGAUGCUGGAUAUGAAUCGAACGUUAGCCAGGUUAUGUGCCAGGCAAAUGCGACGUGGAGACAUGCGCAUUGUGUUCCAAAAGAUUGUGAUCGCCUGGAGAACCCUCAACAUGGUGAUAUUCGAAACCCGAUGAACACUUCUACGUAUGGUACCAUAGUGACCUUUACGUGUACUAAUGGGUACACACUGACAGGAUCGAGUGUUAGAAGGUGCGCUGUGACCGGUCAAUCAGUUGCCUGGAAUGGGACCAUAACGACUUGCGUCAUUAAAGACUGCGGACCUCUUUCGAAACCUGACAAUGGUGAUGUGGUACUAAAUGCCGGUACAAAAUUUGAAGCUGUUGCUAACUACAGUUGUAACGAGGGAUUUAAACUGGUUGGUGAUACAUCUAGAAUUUGUAAAAAUACGGGCACGUGGUCUGGGGUACAACCAACAUGCGCUAAAAACGGAAGCCAAAUAGUAGUGUGUACUGCAAAUACCGAUAGUCGAGGUAUGGACUGGGUUGAGGUUUUAGCGGGAGAAAUGCGAACGCAGUCGUGUGAGGCCGGUUUUACAGGUAAUGUUACAAGGAAGUGCCUGGAGGAUGGGAAGUGGCAGCUUCCAAAUUACAACUGUAUCAGAACUGCCGUGAACAACGCGCUUAUUGCGGUGGACAGCUUACAAGCUAAUUCCACAACGUCUGAUGUAGUAGACGCGUUGACUCAAAUAGCAAAUGUGACCAAUCAAGAUCAGCAAACAAAUGCAUCUUCACUACUGACCAAUGCCGAGAUCACCUCGAUAUCGAAUUCACUGGAAACUGUCGCAAACCUUGUAGAAGAGAAAGGCUUAGUUACACCAGAUGUUGCCAAGAACUUUUUCAAGUCUGCUAGUAAUUUAUUAGAUGACAAAAACAAGGGGUCCUGGCAGUCUAUGCAAGAAUCGAAAAGCAAUGGCGGAGAAAAGGUUUUAUCUUCAGUCGAUAAAUUGGGCGAAGCACUAAGAAAUAAAAUCCAAAACGGAACCGAUGGAUUUAAUACUUCAACCACCAUUAUUGAAACGAACGUCGCCAUAGAAGUGAAGAAAGUAAAGAAGCAGGAUGUUAAAUUCCCUACAACCAGCAUUACCACCGACAGCUCAAAAGAUGACUGGGUUAAAGACUCGCAAAGCAGUAUUCGCCUUGACGCCGAAGCAUUAGGAAACAAUGACGUCGUCGUGACAGCUAUAAUGUACAAGGAUAUGAGUGACAUAUUACCAGCCAGCUCGGAAGACAUCACUGUCUCUACAACUGGCACAGUGUUAAACGGACCCGUUCUUUCGUUUUCCAUAUUUCCGAAGGUUGAAAAUCUAGAUCCGCCUGUCACGAUUGUUUUCAAACAUUCACAGACAAAUCUCUCGAGUGCUGCAUGCAGUUAUUGGAAAUUCGGAAGUGCCAACGUUACCGGAAAAUGGUCAAGUGACGGAUGUACUGUUCGAGAAUCAAACAAUUCAUUUACAGUCUGUGAUUGCAGUCAUCUAACCAAUUUUGCUGUGCUUAUGAGUCCAUUUGUCGAAGCUGACUCGGAGUCCAUUCCACUUCGAGUUGUCUCGAUUGUCGGCAUUGGACUUUCUAUGUUGUGUCUGCUGAUAACUAUCCUGAUACACGUAUGCCUUUGGAAGUAUCUGAAGAGUGAAAGGGCAGUCCUCUUACUCAACCUCAGUAUUGCUCUACUGUCUUCUUAUAUCAUAUUUCUGGCUGGAGUUGACCGAACAGAAAGCACGGUUUUUUGCGCUGUGGUGGCGGCAUUGCUGCAGUACAUAUACUUGGUGGUAUUCUGUCUGAUGUUAGCUGAGGGUAUUGAACUAGCAGUGACAGUUCUGUAUGUGUUCGCAACAAGGUCUCGACUCCGGGUUCUAGUCGUUUCUGCUUGGCUUUUACCAGCGAUAGUUGUUGGCAUUUCGCUAGGAGUAACUAAAGCGGAAGGCUAUGGAAAUGAACAUUUCUGCUGGCUUUCCAUCUCUCGUGGUCUAAUAUGGUCUUUUAUCGGACCUGCCUUAGUCAUAAUAAUCUUCAAUAUUAUCUGCCUCAUACUGGUUAUAAGGAAAAUGUGUGGCAUGAAGUCAAUGGAGACGAAGACUUCUGCAGAGAAGAUAAAGACCAGUUUGCGUUCUCUGUGCGUGCUCGUGCCUCUGAUGGGCGUUUCGUGGAUACUCGGCAUCUUCUACAUCAACGAUAAUUUAUUUUUCAUGCAAUACCUGUUCGCAAUCUGCAAUGGGCUUCAGGGAGUGUUCAUCUUCAUAUUCCACUGUGUGCUUAACAAAAAAGUAAGACAGGCCUUGAAAAGAGACGCAAGUCGGCGUGAAACACUGCGUGAAACACUGCGUUCAACAAGACAGUCAACUUUUCAAUCGACUUUCCAAGGAGAAAACAAUUAUUCGUCUUCGAAUAAGUUCAACUCGGAGUCUCGAUCCGAAGAUGCAGAAUUCACCUCGUCCGAUUGGAGAAACAAGGUGUCAGAGAGCAAAUCAGAAUCCUCAGGAGGGCAAUUUUAUGUGCCGCUUGUUGGCGAGAUGAUCAACAGAAUUAGGAGACCAGCUCUCUCCGUCAAUUCACGGGCUCUACCGCGUCACUCUAGAGACGACACAGUAUUUGAUAACGAUGAUAGUACAUUAUCACGUUAUAAUUCGUUUAAAUUAGAUAGCGUUGGCUUAGGUGGAACAUCCACAAAUAUUUGACUCUUUAUUAUUCAUAAAAUUAUAUGCUUCACCUGUUGUUAAGCAGUGGAAAAAGCAUCGUUGUUUUAACGUAGCGUUCUUAUAUUUAAUAUACUCACUGAUUAUGAUAUGCAUGGUUGUAAGCUUAAGCCAACGUUAUGAAUAUACGGUAUUUACUGUUUUGGGGAUGUAACUUAUUUUGUAUGUGCUGCAAUACAGUUGUUUACAAAACAAUGCACCCACGUGUGUGAUAAACCGACAACAUAUUUCUUAUUUUAACAGCGAAUUGUAAUUGAACAUUUCUCUGUUCACAGUAAGCGUAUUUUUUCAAUAAUUGUUUUAAACGCUUUUUAUAAUGCAUAUGUGUCUUAUGUCACCAUUUUAUUUAAACACGUGUUACAAAUCCUUACAUUGAUUGGUGCCAAGAGUGGCGCGACUCAUUGUUCAGACAAUAAAUCUGCGAAGAACGUUCUGUCUACCGAUAUUCUAAUAUUAGAUAAAUCUAUUGCCAUUAUUAUGUGAUUCUCCUACAUGUUAUAUUGCAAAACGGCAACUCUUCUGAAAAACUUUUCUGAAAAACAAAAAUAGAUCCAUGUUUCAACAAACCGUAAAUUCACAGAGUGGUUGAAAUUUGAAAACCAAGUUGAGACCUCAAUUAAUGAAGACCGCCCGCUGUUACUUAAAGACAACAGCCAUUCCAGUGUACUAGAAGCUAGCGUCAACGGUAGACAACAUACGACCCAUAAUACUGAUACUCACUUGUAUGAUUGGUUUGAAUGAAAGCCUACCGAACCUGCAAUUCCAUUGAAACAGCAGAACACUGCCAAUGCAACUACGAAUGUAAAACGGCGCAAUGACCUAAAAGCGUUCAAAACUAAGCAAGUUAAGGAGGAUAAACCCCGAAUAUCACCGCAAGAAUCGUUACGAUAAAAACCCGACCAGACUAAAUCUUCAGUGACUAACCUAUAAAACACGAACUCAACAACGCUGAACAAAAUCUCCUUGAAAAGGGCGUUACAUUUAUCCCAAGUCGUAAGAAUAUUGAUAAGGUGAAAUUGCUAGCUGACCUUGGGGAAUGGGAGCGCAGAAUGCGAUUACGGGAAUAUUUUGCGGACACUGAAAGCAAACCAAUUAUGAAACCUGGAAUAAUCGAUAAGUUCCGAGUAAAACCAUAAUGCAGAUGUACUUCAAACGCGGAUAGGGGCCCAGGCAUCGACCUUGAUGUUGUACUGGUAAAGAAUGAUAUCAUCUCAAAUUUAAAGACGACUGGUAAAUUGAAUCUAUACAAAAAUGAAAACAAAGCAUUCCACGAACUAUUACAUAAUUAUCAAUAAUCAUCAGACAGGCGGACAAGGGCUCUGGCAUAGUCGUACUAGAUCAAGAAGUGUACAUAGAGUCGCUCAAACACGAAAUGAAUGAAGACGAGGGAUAAAGAUCUACUGAAGGUGAUACAAGCAAAGAAAGUAUGAAGAAUGUGAAAUCGCUCGUAAAUAGACUUCACCGACAAGGCAGUCUCUCUGGUGAUAAGAAACAAUAUGUGAUACCAAUGUAUCCACAAGCGGGUAAACUCAAAGGGAAUCAAUACAGCUACAGAGCAAUUAGCCGACUUUGCCGAGCAUGAAGUAAAUGAAUAUGUGUAGUUAAGCCAAGUUACGUUAGAGACACUACGGAGUUUAUACAGAAACUAAAAUAAGUCAAAGAACCACUGCCGGAAGACUACAAUUUUCUACUAUUUUGCUAUGACGUCAGGAAACUGUAUCCAUCCAUACCCAGAAGAGAAGGAUAAGAAGCUUGCAGGGAAGCAUUGAACGCGUGCUCCAACCCACUAGUCACUUCCACUGAUGAUAUGAUUGACAUACUCACGACAGUGUUUGAAAACAACAAUUUUAGUCUAAAUGAAUACAACUACGUCGAGACAGACGGAGUGGCGAUCGGCUCAAGACUGGGGAAAAAUUGCGCGUAAUAAUCGUUAACUGAAGAAGGCCUAUGACCGACAUAUUUAAUAAAAGAGUGACUGUAUCAAGUUUUACUCGUAUUUUAUUUUACAAAUCACAAAGAAUGGAAUGUUAAGUUGUAUGUUCUAUUUAAUAAUCAUGUAUUACGUUAAUACUUUUUUCUUAAUUAUUGUGGUGACAGGUAGAUCUUUAUAUUAUGCUACUAAAAAGAUUAGUUUUUAUUCCAAUCAUUAAAAGUAACAUUCAUUAACUUUCAAUGUGUAUUUGCAUAUUCACAAAAUGAAUAUUUCUGCCAAAGAGAUAAAUGUUUAAUGAUGUUUGAUGUUUAAACUUUCUUUGAGAAAUGCUUUCGCUGUUUCUGUUUUGAUUUUUGUAUCAUAUAACUAUUUGAGAUGAUUUCAUAAUCACCCAUUCCGAUAGUAUUUUAUUAUAGUAUUAACGUUUUUUAUAUAGAUUAAUUAUUUGGACAAAUA